CCUCGGCCAACGCCCACCCUUUCUACCUGGCCGUCAGCCUUCUCAACUCAGCCUCUCUGUUCUUCCUCACCAUGGCUGAAUCUUCAGGCGAGACUCUCAAUUCCAUCAAUCCGCUCAAACGGAGUCACGACGAGCUCGAGCUCCACCAAAGACAAACGUGGGCAUGGAUCAACGAUUCCACACAUACCAGCUCGCACGAGGAAUUGCGAGAAUGUAUUGCAAUCAUCCUCAAGUCACACCCCGAAGCCAUACCAACUUUUGCGGAAGUUCAGAGAAAACAGUUCCAGGAUCGGCAGAACGCCGUCACUCGCUCUGAGCUGUACGGCAAGGUGAUCGACUUCGACCACUUUUCGAAAUCCUGCUGGAAAGCUCUGAACGUCACUUACAGCCGUAUGGCACCAUCUAAGCAAUACAUGCACACGCAGGAUGUCGUCGAUACGAUCGACGAGGCGAUCACCGCUAUCGUCGAGAGAUCCGGGGAGGCUCAGCGAUUGGAGACUUACAAGUCCGCGUUGGAGACGUGCAGGAAGAUCGGGAAGUCGAUCAUUCUCAGCGACCCCGGCGAGAUCAGGAAGGCCGUGAUAAACAGUCCGGUACUCGAGUCUCUCGCCGAGGCUAUCCUGGACAUCUUGAAUACUGUCGUCAUGACGGACGAGGACGCAUUGGAGGAAGGACUCAUGUGGGUUGCGGACAACAUCAAGGGAUACGGAUCAGAUGAACCUUGGGACGAGGUGAUCGAGAAAUUGGAGGAGAUGAAACAGGUCAGACCCAAGAGAAGGGCUACGUAGCUCCUGUAGCUGCAGACGGCAGCACAUCACACCCAGGACUUCAGGAAGCCUACUUACUGUCUUUCAGCCAAAACCCCUUGUCGUGGAGCUGUUCGUAACGCAUGUACACUCCAUCGUCAGCAUACCUAUUGUGCUACUGGUAACUCAGGGCUCCGAGUCACUGCCCUUCUCACCGAUGAGGCCUAUAGAGUUGAAGGUGAAACUUGGAACAAAGACCUGAU